UCUCGACUAAGCCUCAUCCGAGUAUUAGAUGGUUCUACAUUUAUGGAUUUUUGAAGGUAACUUUAGGUUUACUUUGUGAUGUGAGAAAGAGGAAGAAGAUGAAUUUGAUAGAGUUGGAGAGGGAGGAAGACGACGUUUAACGUUGACGUCUGUUAAUCAAUUUUACAGCGGUAUUUUAGUAGAAUGAUGUGGCAUAGUUUGUCCACAUGUCCUUUACUUAAUAGAAGGAGUAUCCACUCACUCAGUACUCCGGGCGUACUAGAGAACUUUCCGAGUAGGAGAAGGCUGGAUCCCACAGGAGACAAAGCUAAUGUUGUUCACACUACUUUCAAUUUUUUUGUGCAUUUCUGCAUUUUUUGGCUCCCCAAACAGAACUUUUUCCCGGAAAGUGAGAGGAAAAUGGAGGAGGGGGGCGGGGGGAAAAAAAAAAAGGAAAAAAAAACCAACGUGGUUCGUAGUUGGGGAAUAUUUUAGUUUAUGAAGUAAAGGUUUUGUAGUUGUGAAAAAAAAAGGAAAAAAAAAAAAAAAAGGAAUGGAAAUGGCGGAGCCAGUGAUCUCGGUGGUUUCUGCUGCUUCUUCUUUUCUGUGGCUUAUUCUGCUGUUUGGUUUGGUGGGAAAAGCGUCUGCGAAUGCUUAAAAUCUUUUGGUAUAAGCGUCCACCCAAUUGACAUCGUCUCCUGUGGGGUUCUAUUCGGUGAAAGCACUCUUGAAAGAUCAGAGGGUGGAAACACUGGUUGAUUCUGAUCUACAGGGCAAUUACAACGACGAUGAGGUAGAGCAGCUGAUCCAAGUAGCUCUGCUGUGCACGCAAGGGUCCCCGAUGGGAAGGCCAAAGAUGUCAGAAGUUGUAAGAAUGCUUAAAGGAGAUGGCUUGGCAGAAAGAUGGAAGGAGUGGCAGAAAGAGGAGAUAGUCCGCCAAGACCUUAAUAACCAUAACCAUCAUCCAACUUCUAAUUGGAUCGUGGCUGACUCAUCUACCUUGUUUGCAGCCGAGGAGGAUCCAGAAGUUCAUCUGGGACAGCUCAAACGAUUUUCUCUUCGUGAGCUACAAGUUGCAACAGAUGGUUUUAGCGAUAAAAAUAUUGUAGGUAGAGGUGGAUUUGGUAAGGUUUAUAAAGGACGCUUGGUGGAUGGUUCUCUUGUGGCUGUAAAGAGACUUAAAGAGGAGCGUACACAGGCUGGGGAGCUGCAGUUUCAGACAGAGGUAAAAAUGGUCAGCAUGGCUGUGCAUCGUAAUCUACUUCGACUUCGUGGAAUUUGCAUGACAUCUACUGAACGGUUGCUUGUCUACCCUUAUAUGGUUAAUGGAAGUGUAGCAUCGUGUUUGAGAGAUCGUCCUGAAUCCCAGCCACCACUUGAUUGGCAAAUACGGCAACGCAUCGCAUUGGGUGCUGCAAGGGGGCUUGCAUAUUUAUAUGAUCGUUGCGGUCCUAAGAUUAUUCACCGUGAUGUGAAAGCUGCAAAUAUAUUAUUAGAUGAAGAAUUUGAGGCAGUUGUAGGAGAUUUUGGGUUGGCUAAAUUCAUGGAUUAUAAAGAUACUCAUGUUACCACUACUGUAAGUGGCACAAUUGGACAUAUAGCACCAGAAUGCGUCUCAACUGGAAAAUCUUCAGAAAAAACUGAUGUUUUUGGGUAUGGUGUUAUGCUUCUUGAACUCAUCACUGGACAAAGGGCUUUUGAUCUAGCUCAGCGUGUAAAUGAUGAUGAUGUCAUGUUACUUGGUUGGGUGAAAGGACUCUUGAAAGAUCAGAGGAUAGAAACACUGGUUGAUUCUGAUCUACAGGGCAAUUACAACGACGAUGAGGUAGAGCAGCUGAUCCAAGUAGCUCUACUGUGCACGCAAGGGUCCCCGAUGAAAAGGCCAAAGAUGUCAGAAGUUGUAAGAAUGCUUAAAGGAGAUGGCCUGGCAGAAAGAUGGAAGGAGUGGCAGGAAGAGGAGAAGUUCCUCCUAGACCUUAAGAACCAUAACCAUCAUCCAACUUCUAAUUGGAUCGUGGCUGACUCAUGUACCGUGUUUGCAGCCGAGGAGUAUCCAGUUUAUCUGCAACAGCUCAAAAGAUUUUCUCUUCGUGAGCUACAAGUUGCAACAGAUGGUUUAAGCGAUCAAAAUAUUCUAGGUAUGGGUGGAUUUGGUACGGUUUAUAAAGGGCGCUUGGCUGAUGGUUCUCUUGUGGCUGUAAAAAGACUUAAAAAGGAGCAUUCAUGGGUGCUGCAGUUUCAGACAGAGAUAGAAAUGAGCAGCGUGGCUGUGCAUCGUAAUCUACUUCGACUUCGUGGAUUUUGCAUGACACCUACUGAACGGUUGCUUGUCUACCCUUAUAUGGCUAAUGGAAGUCUAGCAUCGUGUUUGAGAGAGCGUCAUGAAUCCCAGCCACCACUUGAUUGGCAAAUAAGGCAACGCAUCGCAUUGGGUGCUGCAAGGGGGCUUGCAUAUUUACAUGAUCAUUGUGAUCCUAAGAUUAUUCACCGUGAUGUGAAAGCUACAAAUAUAUUAUUAGAUGAAGAAUUUGAGGCAGUUGUAGGAGAUUUUGGGUGUGCUAAGCUCAUGAAUUAUAGAGACACUCAUGUUACCACUGCUGUACGUGGCACUAUUGGACAUAUAGCACCAGAAUAUAUCUUAGCUGGAAACUGUUCACAAAAAACUGAUGUUUUUGCGUAUGGCAUCAUGCUUCUUGCACUCGUCACUGGAAAAGGGACUUUUGAUCUAGUUCGGCCUGCAAAUGAUGAUGAUGUCAUGUUACUUGAUUGGGUGAAAGGAUGCUUGGAAGAUCGGAGGCUGGAAACACUAGUUGAUUCUGAUCUACAGGGCAAUUACAACGACGAUGAGGUAGAGCAGCUGAUCCAACUAGCUCUGCUGUGCACGCAAUGGUCCCCGAUGGAAAGGCCAAAGAUGUCAGAAGUUUUCAGAAUGCUUGAAGGUAAUGGCUUGGCAGAAAGAUGGAAGGAGUGGCAGAAAGAGGAGAUGUUCCGCCAAGACUAUAAUAACCAUAACCACCAUCAAGCUUCUAAUUGGAUCGUGGCUGACUCCACCUCACAAAUCCCUGCAGAUGAGUUGUCUUGUCCCAGAUAAUCCCCCUCCUUCAUGAUUCUGUCAUUAUACAUACAAUGUCUCUUGAAGGCCAAUUUUGUGUAUAUGAUUUUCUUUCUUUUCCUGUUUAUUUUUCAUUUUAAUUUUGCUCAUGUCCAGUUUGAAACACAUUUGGGGUUGGUGUUGUAAUUUUUAUAUGGUUUAAGUGAUACUAUGAAAAUUUAGGUGCUUAACAAA